AUGACUCUUCCAUCAUAUCGCCAUGACAGCAACGAGAAUAAUGACGUCCAUUCCCUUUCAGACAUCACCGAGGAGAUUCACAGGACUGAUCGAACCGUCUCCAACAAGAGUAAACAACAACACCAACAAAUACAAGAGGAACAUUCGGAGACAGUUCAACACGGUUCAAGGUCACCAGUUCGCCGAAUUCUUCUUACAUUCACCAUAUGCGCCGGUCUAAUGUUUUCGUGCCUGGAUACCUCCAUCGUUUCGACUGCCUUGGUUUCCAUAUCGCUGGAUUUGGGGGAUGCUCAAGACGCUCCUUGGACCAUUCUAGGAUACCUUCUAACAUACAUGAGCUUUGCCGUCGGUUUCUCCAAAGUGAGCGACAUCUACGGUCGACGAAACCUUCUCGCCAUAGCAUGGGUUUUCUUUGCGGGAUUCUCAGUGUGGUGUGCCCUUGCCGGGUCAAUGAAACAACUGAUCGCAGCGCGAGCACUUCAGGGGAUUGGCGGCUCGGGUCUUUAUAGCUUGGCACAGUGUCCCUUGCGGCGCGCUCGCCCUCAUAGGUAUUUACUCACUCUGGCCGGACGACCGUCGACGGCAAUACGACGGAUGGACGGGUAUCCGCAAAAUCGACUUUGUUGUUAUCAUCUGGUCUUUGGUGAUAGCUGGGCUGAGCUGGAUUCUUUUGGGGGUCUGGGAAACCUAUCUGUUCUACGGGCGGAAUCAUCACAUCCAGCCGAUAUUCCCCGUGCGGCUGGCGACAGGCCGCGUUUAUCUGUCAACGAUCAUGUAUGUCUCGGCCCACGCCCCGCUUCGGAUUCAUCAAGACAACACUAUCGUCGUACGCAACUUGCACUAACUAGAAUUUGCAGAGUCACAUUCCUCACGGGUCUGGUCUAUAUUUCCCUGGUCAUCAAAAUCCCCGAGCGAUUCCAAGUCAUCUACGGCGACAGCGCGCUUCGAGCCGGCAUCCAUCUCCUCCCGAUGUUGGGGUCGUGUGCUUUCGGAUCUACUCUAGCUGGAAGCAUCUCCAAGAAACGGAACCUCACAAGUCAUACUCUUACAUCCGGAAAUUCUCUCCAGGUGAUUGGGUUGGGUCUAGUAUAUCGGUUUUCAAACACGACAGAGCGAGGCGAUAUCCGAUAUAUACUGGGGUUCACGGCCAUAUACGGGCUCGGUGUCGGCUUGUGCUUCGCCGCCUGUACAAUGAUCGCGGCUAUCGAGGCUCGCCAUGGAGAUCUAGCAGCUGCACAAGGCGCCGUUGCGCAGGUGCGAGUACUUGGCGGCUCGCUAGGUCUGAGCAUCUGCACCAUCAUAUUCAACGACAUAUUACAGACAUCUCUAGGCCCUGCCACGGAGGCUGGUAGAUUUCCCGCAACCGUUCUAGACCAGCUUCAUAGAAGCCCGCUGGCCGUGUUCAUGCUUCCGCCCGAACAGCAAAUUUUGGUCAAGAAAGUGUACUCGGACGCGUUCAGAUAUCAGAUGCUCCUCAUGAUGGCGGUGGUAGCAGUGGCCGUUCUGGCUAGCCUAGGGACAUAUAGGUCGAAACCGCCGGCCGUUGUUGACUCGAUGAUUCACCACAAGGUGUUGGCGGCACGACCUAGCGAUACAGAGUUGGAAAGCGCGAGUAGUGUUCGCUCGCUGGUUCGUGGGGUUAGCUGA